GGUGGGCCUCCCAACGACCUCUCGAACACUAUCACAACAGGUUCUGGAAGAGCCUUCAACACCUCUGUCAUGGCUUCUCGAGGUCCUCCUGGUGCUCGUGGCAUGGGCAACAGAUUUGCGCAGUUCAAGCUGGUCUUGCUUGGAGAGUCUGCUGUCGGCAAGAGCUCAAUAGUGUUGCGUUUUGUAAAGGACCAAUUCGACUCGUACAGAGAAUCUACCAUUGGCGCCGCCUUCCUCACACAGACCAUCUCCCUCGAUGAAAACACCACCGUCAAGUUCGAGAUCUGGGAUACUGCCGGACAAGAGAGAUACAAGUCCCUGGCGCCUAUGUACUACAGGAAUGCAAACUGCGCCGUAGUUGUCUACGAUAUCACACAAGCCUCAUCAUUGGACAAGGCGAAGGCGUGGGUCAAGGAGCUCCAGCGCCAGGCCAACGAGAACAUCAUCAUUGCCCUUGCUGGAAACAAGCUCGAUCUCGUCACCGAGCAGCCCGACAAGAGGGCCAUCCAGACAUCCGAGGCCGAGGCGUAUGCACGCGAGAGCGGCCUCCUGUUCUUCGAAACCUCAGCCAAGACGGCCGAGAACGUCAGGGAACUGUUUACGGCGAUCGCCAAGAAGUUGCCGCUUGACCAGGCCGGACCACGACACUCACGGACAGGCCAACGGCCGGGGGUCAGCCUCGGCGCGCCGGAGAAUGCCAGCACCAACAGCAACGGCCCGUGUGCCUGCUAAACCCCGGGCUUCUGUGAUGUGUCAAGAAAUUUCGAGUGGCGAGGAGGCUUGCGUGUCACUAUACGGCUCACUCGCCUUCCAGACAGAGAGUUGACACGACCCGCGGUGUACACCUGGGAUCGAAAUAUCGUCACGGAGCAUGCAAGGUCGUUGGUUGCGUCGAAUUAUAGGCCCCUUCGGAACGAGUAACAUGUCCGUGAAAGUCGGCUCAUUCUCUGGUGUCGAAUGCUCGUACGACGGGAACGGCAUCAGUCCUUAUUUAAUACCUUUAUUAUGAUGUGUCCUCCCGGCAUUUCAAUCUAAAGAACUUUUCGAUCGUUUGGCUUGGUCCAGGGAAGAGGCAGGAUUCACUGGCGUCGGGGUGGGGAUUCGAGUUGAUGAAGAUUGCUUUUUUUCUCUCUUUCUCUCUCUCUCUCUUCUUUUUGGGUCUUUACUCUCUGUGUUUACGGUCUUGCGUGCAGACAAGACAAGAGACGCAUCUGUACCGAGAGAAUUUCAAAUACAAUACCACAUUGCAACAG